CACAAAGAGUCUUUAGGAUUCUGGACCUGCUUAUUUUUUUAAAUCAGUGUCUUUACUUAUUGUGUUGUUUGGUGAAAGCAGUGUUUGGCAUUUGUGUGUUUCGAUGCAGCAUCACGCUUUUAGUAUUUCACUCUUCUGCCUUGUCAGUGGUGUGUUGCUAAUAUUUUCACUUCCUGUCAGUGUGUGAAUGUGGUAAUGUGUUAAACCUGCAGUGUGUGUGAUCAGUAUAGUGUGUGGAUUUGGGUCCUCAGUAAGAUUGGUCAUGUCACUGAAGUGUCUCUGCUUAUGGAGAGUUAUUAAAAAUGCUGGUGUGUUUUUAUCUUCUCCUUUUUCUUCACAUCACUGAAGGCUGCAGUCUGAAAGGAAAUAAAGAGACAGAAGAGAUCACUGCAUACACAGGAGACUCAGUACUGCUGCCCUGCUCCUGCACUGAGCUCCACAGCAAACCUGAGACAUUCACAUGGAAGAAAUACACAGAUGGAAAUAAAUGGACACAGAUAUCUCCUGAGAGUGAUGAGUACAAAGAGAGAUUUCAGCUGGUUAAUGAUCACUCUUCAGGAAAUCUCUCUCUGCUCAUAUCACACCUGACUGUACAGGAUGGAGGAGAUUACAUGUGUGAUGUUAAUGAGGGUGAAUACAGAUACAUCAGACUCACUGUUAAAGGCUGCAGUCUGAAAGGAAAUGGAGGGACAGAAGAGAUCACUGCAUACACAGGAGACUCAGUACUGCUGCCCUGCUCCUGCACUGAGCUCCACAGCAAACCUGAGACAUUCACAUGGAAGAGAAAUACAGAUGGAAAUAACUGGGCACAGAUAUCUCCUGAGAGUGAUGAGUACAAAGAGAGAUUUCAGCUGGUUAAUGAUCACUCUUCAGGAAAUCUCUCUCUGCUCAUAUCACACCUGACUGUACAGGAUGGAGGACUUUACAGGUGUGAUGUUAAAGGGGAUGAAUACAGAUACAUCAGACUCACUGUUAAAAUUCAUUCUCCAGGUUGCAGACCGAAUCAACAGACAGUGAAUGUGACUGGAAUCGUGGGACAGUCUGUCCUUCUGCCCUGCUCCUGCUCUGAACUACAAGCCAAACCACACACUUUCAUAUGGAGAUUUUAUAAAGGAUCUGAUGUCAUAAAGAUCUUCCCAAAGCAGCAGACAAAUCUCUACACAGACAGAGUUCAGGUCUUUAAUGUUCAUCCUCCAGGAAAUCUCUCUCUACUCAUAUCACACCUGACUGUAGAGGAUGGAGGAUGGUACAGGUGUGAGAUCAACAACAAAAGCGGUACAGACAUCAAACUCACAGUAAAAGGGGCACCAACAAGACCUUCAUCAUCCACACCAGUGAUCACAACAACUUCACCUCAUUCCAGACCAGGGACAAACUCAGUUCCUCUCAGCACCACCAUCAUCAUCUUUACUGCUGUUGGGGUUCUGCUGCUGCUGCUUAUACUCGGAGGGGUCAUCUACUGGAAACACAGAGUACAAAGACGACGACAGAUCGAUGAUGGACAAGCAGGACAGCAGAAGAAGCAGAAUGAUUCUGAUGUUUUGUACACCGCCAUGGAUCCAAAAACUGAACACAACAAAGAAGAACAGGAUGGCCUGCUGUACGCAACUGUAGUCCACAGUAACACUGUGAGAGCAGCACACACUCCAGUGGCAUCAGAAGAAGUUACAGUAUACGCCAGCAUCAAAACUAACUAACUAACACACACACAAAGAAACUAUAAUGAUUUCAUUUUUCUAAGGCAUCCUUGAUAUAAUAUGAUUCCUUUAGGUCUGUACACAGCUGUAAAAGUGACAAAAGCGCUCAGCUUUAGAUAUAACAAACUUUUCUAUUCUGAUUUCUGUUUCAAAAAUAAAUGACAGAAGCUGAAAAGUU